AUGUGGUGUUACACACCUGUUAAUGCCAGCGUCUGGAAGACUAAGAAUCCCAGGCUAGACAUUACUAAUGAAUUACUGCUGUUUUUGCAAGGUUUACCUGAAGAUUCACAAAGCCCACCUCCACUCCCUGCUGAAAAACCUAUUGGAAACACUUACAGUGCAGUGUCUGGAAAACUCUGUAACAUUGACGGAACAAAAAGUGUGGAACCCGACCAUACAGGUGAAACAGGAGGUUUUGGGCGAGGACCCCCAAGGUUGCCACCAAGACCUGUAAACGGAAAAGUGAUUCUAACUCGACAGCCUCCUUCUAAAGCGGCCCCUGAGAGACCACCUCCCCCCAAACUUUCUGCCACUAAAACAUCGAGUAAAAAACUGCCUUUUAAUCGGUCCUCUUCUGACAUGGAUCUUCAGAAAAAACAAAGUCAUUUGGCGUCUGGACUCUCAAAAGCCAAGAGUCAAGUCUUUAAAAGUCAAGAUCCGGUGCUACCCCCUCGUCCCAAACCAGGACACCCUCUAUACAGGAAAUACAUGCUACCCUUGCCUCAUGGAAUUGCCAGUGAAGACAUUGUGUCUCAAAACCCUGGAGAACUCUCUUGUAAGCGUGGGGACGUACUUGUGAUGCUGAAGCAAGCGGAAAAUAAUUACUUGGAAUGCCAAAAGGGAGAAGAUACCGGCAGAGUUCACGUGUCUCAGAUAAAGAUUAUCACUCCUCUUGAUGAAAACCUCAGAAGCAGAGCCAACCCCUGCUGGGCCCCUAAGGAUUCGAGCCAUGCUCAGAAGCCUGUUGACAGUAAUACUCCUCAUGCUGUUGUACUUCAUGAUUUUCCAGCAGAGCAAGUUGAUGAUUUGAACCUCACAUCUGGAGAAAUUGUUUAUCUUCUCGAAAAGAUAGAUACAGACUGGUACAGAGGGAAAUGUAGAAACCAGACUGGUGUGUUUCCUGCCAACUACGUCAAAGUAAUCGUUGAUAUUCCAGAAGGAGGAAGUGGGAAAAGAGAAUCUGUUUCAUCUCAUUGUGUUAAUAAAGAACCAAGAUGCAUUGCUCGGUUUGAAUAUAUUGGAGAUCAGAGGGAUGAGUUAAGCUUCUCUGAGGGAGAAGUAAUUGUUCUUAAAGAGUUUGUGAAUGAGGAAUGGGCCAGAGGAGAGCUUGGAGACAGAACCGGGAUCUUCCCCCUUAACUUCGUGGAGCUGGCUGAGGACCACCCCGCCCCCGGGGCAGACGUUUUCAGGACAAAGGUACCACUGAAGACCAAAAAAGAGGAUUCUGGCUCAGAUUCUCAGGAUAACAGCCUUUCCGGAGAAUGGUGCAGAGCUCUUCACAGUUUUACAGCUGAGACCAGUGAUGACUUGUCCUUCAAGAGGGGAGACCGGAUCCUGAUCCUUGAGCGGCUCGACUCCGACUGGUACCGGGGCCGACUGCGUGACAAGGAGGGGACCUUCCCGGCAGUGUUUGUGCAGCCCUGCCCAGCUGAGGCAAAAAGUAUGUCUGCUGUAGGCGCGAAGGGGAAGAAGGCCAAAGCCUUGUAUGAUUUCCACGGGGAGAAUGAGGAUGAGCUCUCCUUCAAGGCGGGAGAUGUCAUAUCAGAGCUGGAAUCUGUCGAUGACGACUGGAUGAGUGGAGAAGUAAUGGGGAAAUCUGGGAUAUUUCCCAGAAGCUACAUCCAGUUUCUACAAGUCGGCUAAAGGUGACACUCGGCUAUUCCUGGGCACGAGAGCUCACUUGAACUAUCAACUCUGACUAUCAGAUACGUUUUUGCACUAUUUUUUUAAAACAAAUAUCUAAGGUGUACAUGGUACAGGAGAAUCUUCUGAAAGCAGAAAACUUGCAGAUUUUGUGGUCAGCUUUCAUUCACAGUAGCAGUGUGCACACAGAGAAACACAUGAGCCAGGGACCCAGGCCGGGACAUCUAGCGGGAUUAGCAGGGCGGAGACGCGUCCCUGGGGAGGGCGUCUGGGGGCACGGCCGCGUGGGGAGGCCUCCGCGUGGAAGUCACCCUUGGACGUCUGUGUGAAGUCACCGUGCUUCUUCACUUUUCACUUCAGUUUUAAAAAGAGGACGUUUGACUUUCUACAUGCUGUAACUGUCAGGACGUGGUUGGUAAUCUAAAUUUCAUUUUUGAUACUCAAAUUAAUUCUAACAGCUUGUGCGCAUUAGCCUUAGUGCCAGGGCAAACCCGUGCUCCAGGAGGGAGAGUUGAUGAAGUAGUAGGAGCAUUUGUAAGCACGUGGGGAAAUCCACUCUCGCUCGCCAAAUGAGGAUUUGAAAGGGGUCAAAAUUCGACGUGUCUUACUUAGUGAAGAGAACCAAAAGCAUCCCUGAAAUGCCUUGCUAAUACAACUAACCCUUCCACAUAUGUGCCGUACUUAUUUCUCUCCUCAGAGUAUACUUCAUGUUAACAGCACAUUUUCUGAAUCUGCAAUCAUUCCUUUGACAAUUACUGGUACCCAAAGGAAAAUUCAUUUUCUUUGCAUUACCCCAGUAAUAUAUAAAACUUGUGUCUUGUUUUAGUAGUACAUUAUGAAUUACAUAUAAUAUCUUAGAAUACAAAGCAAUUGUUAAGAUGAAAAACAGUUCCAAGACCCCACAGCUCCUUUCUUUGCAAUAUAAUCGGAAAGAAAAGUAAUUUAGAGGACUGAAGGCUGGUACUUUUUUCCCCCAGCUCAUCUCUGCGCGAUUAUUAGAGUAAACAGAAAAACCACUUCCCUGUCCUCCAUUGUUAUGCAUUCCAAUCUUAAGAUAAAAGUGGUUCUUCGCACGGCUGAAUCAAUUACAAUUUAUGGGCUCAAGCCAGAUAGGCUGAAGACAAUCUUCCAAACAGAUCGAUGGAGUUCAAUUUCAUUGGAAUUGUAAAAUUCUUUGCCAAUAAUUUCAUGACUUUCUUCUGUUUUCAAGAAGAGUUUCAUAUGCUGGACCACUUUUUAAGCUUUCGUUGUUUCUCCCAUUGUCCAAAGCACUAGACAGCCAGCGGUUCCAGCAUUAGCUGAGCACCAAGGGGAGUUCUGAAAGGAAGCAAUAUUUACUCCAUACUGGACAAAAGCUCAUCUCCCAGGUGUAUGGUUACAUUUGAUUUUAGAGUACAGCAGCUGUGUUUUCUACGUUUUGAGUAAAGAGGAGUAGAAAGAAUUCUCGUCAGAUUCCUCUCUGAAAUAACUUCAUGAGAAUGGAUGACUUAAAGCAGUAUCCAGACUAGAUGCUCAUCGGCAGUAGGUUGAACAUCAGCAGUGAGGGGCAAAGGUGUGGAAUAGGACAGGAGCUUUAUAUCUUUGCCUGUGUAGCUGUAACAUCUUAUAUUGAACAUUCUGAAAACCUAUCUUUCCUAGAGAAAAAAAUCCCUCUUAAAUGUUGACCUUCUGAAAAAAAGUGUUGACCUUUUGUAAGCAGAAUAAGUGCAAUAGUUGUAAAUCUACUUGACACUAUAAUAAACUGAACCGAACUUCUCAAAGUCCCUGUCUGAAAUUAGACUGAAUUUUUGAGUGGCGGUGGUGUCAUACUUACCUUAUAUCUAUCUCCAGUCCUUUGCACUGUACUGGGUGGAUGCCUGGGUGGGUGUGUGGAUGGAUGGGUGACUUUCACAUUUAGCGAUACUCUUAGAUUAUUUACUCAAUA